AUAAAAUGCUUCCUCUCAAAUCUAACCGUUCUACGUACAAUAUGGUUUGCAAGUUGCGGGAGUGGGAUAAGGCUACUAAGGAAAAAAGAAAAAUUAUGCUACAGGAUUUUAUCGACCAGAAUAAGCAUAGGUCUGGCCCCGAACUUGAAAUAGAGCUGGCACAAAUGGCAAGUCUUCUUCUUGCUCGUAUUUGCGUUUGGAUUAAACUUACUUACAUGACUGGAACAUGCCUGACUGAGCAACUUCAAGUUAAACAAAAUUUUGCAUUGAAUUUGCGCUACUUUUCACUGCGAUUUCUGCGGCGUCUUCUUAUAGCUGAGGCUCAUGCAGGUUGGUCUUGA